CCGAGAAACCGGGCAAGGUUAGGCAGCCGGGUGGAGGGCCGGGGCGAGGAGAGGGGAGGAGGAGGGGAGCCGGUGGAAGCCGGUGGAAGUCUCCGGGGCUGUCUGAUCGCACUUUCUCCUUGUCCUUCCUCCCGUCUCCUCCUCCUAGGUGCAGAGAUUGUGGGCAGACUAUGUAAUCGCUGCGGAGGGGGAAGAGGAGGGAUCGGCGCUCUCCAGCGGCGGCGGCGCAGCGACUCGGCUAGGCGGAGUUUCGCGGCGGCUGCGCCCGGCUUUUCGCCCGCGGGCGAGGAGGUCGCUCUGCCCAGCCCGGCGGCCGCCACUCCGACUCCGGGCGUCCCGGAGGCGUCCAGGCAGCGAGCGCACACUCCGGACCCUCGGUGCCGCGCCGGCAGCGUCCAGUCAGCAUGGAGAAGGACAGCCUGAGCCGCGCCGACCAGCAGUAUGAGUGCGUGGCGGAGAUCGGCGAGGGCGCCUACGGGAAGGUGUUCAAGGCCCGCGACCUGAAGAACGGCGGCCGCUUCGUGGCUCUGAAGCGCGUGCGAGUGCAGACCAGCGAGGAGGGCAUGCCGCUCUCCACCAUCCGCGAGGUGGCGGUGCUGAGGCACCUGGAGACCUUCGAGCACCCCAACGUGGUCAGGUUGUUUGAUGUGUGCACAGUGUCACGAACAGACAGAGAGACCAAACUUACACUGGUCUUUGAGCAUGUUGAUCAAGACUUGACCACUUACUUGGAUAAAGUUCCGGAGCCUGGAGUACCCACAGAAACCAUAAAGGAUAUGAUGUUUCAGCUUCUCCGAGGUCUGGACUUUCUUCAUUCUCACCGAGUAGUGCAUCGUGAUCUAAAACCACAGAACAUCCUGGUGACCAGCAGUGGACAAAUUAAACUGGCUGACUUUGGCCUUGCCCGCAUCUAUAGUUUUCAAAUGGCCCUUACCUCAGUGGUCGUCACGCUGUGGUACCGAGCCCAGAAGUCUUAGCUCCAGUCCAGCUACGCCACCCCUGUGGACCUCUGGAGUGUUGGCUGCAUAUUUGCAGAAAUGUUUCGCAGAAAGCCUCUUUUUCGCGGAAGUUCAGAUGUGGAUCAACUAGGAAAAAUCUUGGAUGUGAUUGGACUCCCAGGAGAAGAAGACUGGCCCAGGGAUGUUGCCCUUCCCAGGCAGGCUUUUCAUUCCAAAUCUGCCCAACCCAUCGAGAAGUUUGUGACAGAUAUUGAUGAACUAGGCAAAGACCUACUUCUGAAAUGCUUGACAUUUAAUCCAGCUAAAAGAAUAUCUGCCUAUGGCGCCCUGAACCACCCAUACUUCCAAGACCUGGAGAGGUACAAGGACAGCUUGCACACCCACCUGUCUCCCACCCAGAGCACCUCGGAGCUGAACACAGCCUGAGGUUCCCCGGGGAUGCCAUGAGCUGGUCAUCGAAGCAUGUUGGUAGCUGGCGAGUCCCCUCAGCAAGGCUUGCAGAGCAGUCGAAGAUUGCUGUCUGUGGACCUUCCAGCUGCCGGCUUCUGGAUGGGUUCUGCUCCACCAAGGACACCACCUAGUUUACUGUUCAGAAAUCAAUGCAAGAGUCAUUGCAGCUUUAUGUUCGUUCACUUGUUUGUUUGUCUGUCUGUUUCAAGAGCCUGGAAAACUUCCAGAAGAAGAGAAGCUGCUGACCAAUUGUGCUGCCGUUUCAUUUCCUAACCUUGAAUGCUGCCAGUGUGGGAUGGGUAAUCCAGGCCCAGCUGAGUUAUGAUGUCAUCCCUCUGCAGCUGCUGGGCCUGCCUUGGUACUUGUGAGUGUGUGUGAGAGAGAGAUCCCUGAUCUCCUAAGUGUUACAUUUUGUAGACAACAAGAAUAGUUGAAUUUUAAGAACUAAAAUGACUGAUAGGAACAAGGGCUUGUUCAGUGAAGGUGACUCAGCAGUGUAGUCCUCUCAGUUAGAAAGGUGAGUCUACAUCCUCGGCAUUUCCUUUCUGUCCAGAAGCUUUUGCUAGCAGUAAACGAUAAAGUUGUAGACGCCACAAAAACGAGAAAGAAAAAGGGAGGAGAAAACCCCUAGUAUCUUUUAAGAGACUUUUUCUAAGCAUGCAUCCUUCUGUUUGCUCUUUGGAAAGCUGAAUUUACUUGUCCUAAGUCCUAUAUAUAGUACAGUACUCAAUUGUUUCUUUUCGGAAAGGCCUUAUAAGCAUUUUAUUACUUGCAAUAGAUUUAGGGAGUGUACCUCAAAUACAUUUUAAAGAUAGAGAAGGCCUGUAUUUUCUGGUUUGAAAUGUUGUUAUUUCCUUUGUGUUUCUUGGUAUUUUGUUCUUUGUCUUAGGGAAUUGGUUCUGACUAGAGACAAGCAUGUCAUUUAGGUCUCCACACCUGCCACCCCAUACUUCCACCGUGCACUUGCCACGGUCUGCCUUAUGUGUAUAGUGCCCACCUUCUCUAGUGCCAGCACGUCUAAUACGUGUUGCCUGACUAAGGACAGACUGCCCAGCUGCCCCCCACACCACACCUGCCUGCUCACUGUCUCACUGAUGCUUUGCAAAUGACCUUGUUUAUGGCUUAUGGCUCCAGUUCUGCAAUCCGAACAGGGUCCUCCUACAUCUUCUUAGUGAAGUCUUCCCGCCUGCUGUCAUGAGGUCACUUGGGCAGUACUGUUCUGUGUGUCACCAGUGUAGAGGUUGCUGUCAGCGGGCACUGAGUGUUUUACAUUCCUGUAGAGUACAUUGUCAGUGCAGUGUCCGAGGAGAGGAAGACGGCUUUUCCUCCUUUUAGAGGUAACUGUUUACUUUCUAAAGUGAUCUCUCUCUCUCUCUCCAUCCGCAGGGUGUACUUUUCUCUGGUGCCUUGUGCUCAGUUCUGCUUUCUGCAGAGCCAGCCUGGCCUGGGCAUCAUAAACAGCUGGACCUUGCUAUUCUCUCUCAGUCCCUUCUACUCCAUGCCACCUUUGCCUUGUGCUCGAAUUUAGUGCCCUAGUGAUUAGAAGGCGUAGAGAGCAGCUUUGGGGGAGUGUAGCUGUGUGUUCAGUCACGUUUCAGGUGCAUGUGUAUAGAAACUAGAUCGUGUUUCAGCGUGGAACUUUGAAAGAAUGUCUGAUGUUUCACACAGUAGGACAGGCUUCAGAUGGUGUUUAUAUAUUCUGAAGCCUUACUGAAUUCUUUGUAGCUGAAUAAUACAUGUGAUUAUCUUGAAUAGAAUAAUUAGAUGCCCUUCCUGAGAGCUUUGGGGGUUGGGAGUCAUUCUUUUUUUUCUUAAUACAUUUAUUACAUUCUUCUGAUUCAGUAUCUUGAGAAACAGAAUUUUUUUUUCAAAAGCAAGAUUAAAAAAAAAAAAAAAAAGCUAGGCUGGGAGAAUGUUCUGUGCCUCAUUGUUAAAGCACUGGGGUGUGUUACCAGUGUGGCCAAAGCUUGAGCUGGGCUCAGAGCAGCAGACAAGGCCUGUCCUAGGUCUCACUGUGACAGUGAGCUCUGCCUUGCCUUUGAACAAGGUUCAAAAGGCGGGUUUUUGCUGGGGCCUAGAAA